UGCCGUAUCAAAGGACAAGGACAGACAGAGCUUCAAACUGCGGCCAGGCAUGGACAAAAAGAUUGUGAUCUACGUCCAGCAGACGUCCAACAAAGAGCUGGCCAUCGAGAGGUGUUUCGGUCUGCUCUUGAGCCCAGGGAAGAACGUAAAGAACAGUGAUAUGCACCUGCUUGACCUGGAAUCAAUGGGCAAGAGUUCUGAUGGGAAGUCUUACAUCAUCACAGGGAGCUGGAAUCCCAACACUCCUCAGUUUCAGGCCGUGAAUGAGGAAACGCCCAAAGGUGCAGAUUCUCAUUCUCAUUCUCAUUCAUUCAUUCAUCCAUACACGUGCUCGGUUUGCAGACUGUGUUCCGAAUCAUUGUUUGAGCUCUUCUGAUGCUGAUUUUUUUUCUGAAAUAUUGUUAUUUAAACCAUGAGUGAUUUGAAGAGGUACCAUUUAGCUGUUGUGCUUAAAAAAUCUGUAACAUUCUUCCAACUGUAAUUAGACAGGCUCCAAAUGUUCAGAUUUUCCAAAACUUCUAUACACACAAAGUGCAUUUUUUAUUU